GCGGGCGCGAACGCGGGCGGCGGCAGGAUGUGUGACCGGAACGGCGGCCGGCGGCUUCGGCAGUGGCUGAUCGAGCAGAUCGACAGCAACCUGUACCCGGGGCUGAUCUGGGAAAACGACGAGAAGAGCAUGUUCCGGAUCCCCUGGAAGCAUGCCGGCAAGCAGGACUACAACCAGGAGGUGGACGCGUCCAUCUUCAAGGCCUGGGCGGUCUUCAAGGGGAAGUUUAAGGAAGGGGACAAGGCCGAGCCGGCCACCUGGAAGACGAGGCUGCGCUGUGCUCUGAACAAGAGCCCGGAUUUUGAAGAAGUGACCGACCGAUCCCAGCUGGACAUUUCUGAGCCGUACAAAGUUUACCGAAUCGUCCCCGAGGAGGAGCAAAAAUGCAAGCUCGGCGUGGUGCCUCCCGGCGGCGUGAACGAGGUCCCGGAGAUGGAGUGCGGCCGCUCGGACAUCCAGGAGCCAUCCGUGGACGACUACAUGGGCAUGAUCAAGAGGAGCCCCUCCCCGCCGGAGGCCUGCAGGAGCCAGCUGCUCCCGGACUGGUGGGCGCAGCAGCCCAGCACAGGCUUGCCGCUGGUGACGGGCUACGCCGCCUAUGACGCGCACCACUCAGCCUUUUCCCAGAUGGUGAUCAGCUUCUACUACGGGGGCAAGCUCAUGGGCCAGACCACCACCACGUGCCCCGAGGGCUGCCGCCUGUCCCUGAGCCAGCCGGGGCUGCCCAGCGGCAAGAUGUACGGGCCGGAGGGCCUGGAGCUGGUGCGCUUCCCGCCGGCCGACGCCAUCCCCAGCGAGCGGCAGCGGCAGGUGACGCGGAAGCUGUUUGGGCACCUGGAGCGCGGGGUGCUGCUGCACGGCAGCCGGCAGGGCGUGUUUGUCAGGCGCCAGUGCCAGGGCCGCGUGUUCUGGAGCGGCAACGCCGUGCCCUGCAAGGGCAGGCCCAACAAGCUGGAGCGCGACGAGGUGGUGCAGGUGUUCGACACGAGCCAGUUCCUGCGAGAGCUGCAGCAGUUCUACAGCAGCCAGAGCCGGCUCCCCGACGGCCGUGUGGUGCUGUGCUUCGGGGAGGAGUUCCCGGACACGGCGCCGCUGCGCUCCAAGCUCAUCCUCGUGCAGGUUGAACAGCUCUAUGUCCGGCAGCUGCUGGAGGAGGCGGGGAAGAGCUGUGGCGCCGGCUCCGGGCUGCACGCCCCCGAGGAGCCCCAGCCGGACCAGGCCUUCCGGAUGUUCCCGGAGAUCUGCGCCUCACACCAGAGACCCUUUUUCAGAGAAAACCAGCAGAUCACCGUCUAGGCGACCCCCAGAGCACCGCCCCGGGCCUGGCUUCCCCCUCGAUUACUCUUGUGAGGACCCAGGAUGUGGGUCCCUUUGGCCGGGCUGGGACACCCCCUCCCCGGACCCCGGGGUCAGAGCUCCCGUCUAGUGCGUCUCCCGCUGGCUGCCCUGUUGCUGCGUUUGGGGGUCACUGCCGUCCCCAGAGCCCGGCAUGCGCACCCCUGCCGGCUGCCGCUUCGAGCGAAGGGAUUUGGAGGUUCACACCAGCCGCUCAGACGAGGGAUCUCUGUCGUCUGCGAGACUCGCGGGUUUGUGAUUCCCUGUGCUUGAUUCUCCAUGAAGUGUCUUUUAAGCGUUUUCGUAAGAGUUAAGAACCGUUAGCUACAAACCUCCCUUUAAUGCGCGACGGCGAAGCCGCUGCUGUCUUGGAGCGGGCGCCCUCGGGGUACGCCAUGGCUCGGGGUGGCGGCGCCAGUGCCAGCAUCCGCCCCAGCUCGCCACGUGUCCGCCCCGCCUCGCGAUGCUGGCCAGAAGCCCGAAGGAGGACUUGGAAUGACGGCCUGGCUGUUGGCAGAGGCCUCCUGCGGCACGAUCCUGGGCCCUUCCAAAGCCGCCCGACUCCACGGCCAGUGCGCACGCGGGUACGGGGGACUCGACACUUUCACACCUCGUGUACCCCUGGGUGCUCCACGUCCGGCACGGGAUGGCGGAGACUGGCCUCUGCCGUGUGCUUCACACCCCUUGCAGGCCCAUGUUUUGCCAGGGUCUGAGCCCAUGGCACAGUGCUGGUUUGGCUGAGUCACUUCCACUGCGGGUGUAGACCCCAGGUGUUUUUGGGGGCACUGGCAGGGUCCGAGUGCUUCCCUCGAGUCCAGCCCCGCUGAGGGAAGAUCCCUUCCCUGUGCUCGCUCCUGUGUCACCCAGCCUGGGCCACUCCAGCUCCGAGCGCGUCCCCCACCCUGUGGAAGGGCAGGGGGAGGGGUUCUGGGAGGUGUGGGGGGUGGGAGGCCAGCGCCAGUGGCCGUGGUUCCCAGAGGGGAUCAGUUCACCCCGCACCUGUGCUGUGUGGGAAUUGGGGGCCCUGCCGAUGCGUGGGGCGCACGGGGACGGAGGGGAAGGCAGGUGGGGGGGCUCCUCUGUGCCGGAGGGCCCCUCCCACCUGUUCACCCAGUGCUCGUCAGGCGUCAGGCAGCAUUUCCACCAUGCCGAGCGGUAUUUA